AAUAUAUGUAUGCGCAUAUGGUAAGCGGGACAAAUUCACGUCGAGGUUAUUGAAGUUUCGAGCGUGUGAUGCAGUCGAGUCUGUGUCAUGUCAGUGAGGGAACGCACCGAACCACCACACGUUACGUAGGCGUGCCUCGCCGCUUAAGCCGCAGACAGGUGCCGAUGCUGUAGCGAACGAGGACGUUGGCGCUGCAGGGGUGAAGCGGCACGCCAGGCUCGUCAGGUGCAUAUCAAUGGGUGCAGGAGUCAUCGGUAGACGGAGCGAGCCAAUAAGUACCGCAGCAGUGAUGAUGCCGUGGUGAGAGAUCGCGCUGCCUCUGCUAACUCCACAACACGGCACGUGGCUUCGCGAAAAUUAGUGAUGAGCUUCGGUCUGCUGGAAAAGUGAGCGCCUACUAACAAACCUCCGUGCUGUCCGCGGGGCCCACAAAGACCUGCCAUGGACGACUCCCUCGUAGCAUACGCCUCCAUCCUGCUGGACUGGCGGUGGAUUGGCAUCGCGCUGGUCUUUGCCUUCACGUGCCUCGUGAGCCAUUUCUACGAUAGAGUGUCCAGGUACCCAAAAGGACCGUUCCCUGUCCCCGUAUUCGGGAAUCUGCUUGCUCUGCGGAAGGUAGAGAACCUGCACGGCCAGGCGAUCGAGUGGUCCAAGACGUAUGGCGACGUCUUCACCCUGUGGUGUUCGCACAAGCCGAUGGUGAUCCUCAAUAGCUACGAUGUCAUUCAGGAAGCAUUCCUCAAGCGGAAGCACGCGUUUUCGGGACGUCUGCCUCUAAAAAUGCGUGACAUACAAAACCAAGGAAAUCAUGAUGUUAUGUUCGAGGAUUACACGCCUUACUGGAAGGCACUUCGAAGAGUUGCAUCCCUAGCCGUGCGGAAGUACGCGGCCACAAAAGCCCUGGAAAGGCUAUGCACCGACAUCGUUGACGCCUACGUGGACACCUUGACAUUGGAGCCACAAAUUGCAGACUCAAGGAAGUUGUUUUUCUCCAUGCUUUACAAGCUUACAGGAGCAUCAAUCUAUGGCGCAAGCCUGAAUGGAGAAGAAAAGGACAUUCUUCGCCUGGAAGAGAUAGACCACGAGUACUACGCAGCCUCCCCAGACGGCCUGCCGAGCGACAUUGCGCCCAUUCUAGGACUGCUGUACCGCAAGAGGGAGAAGAAGAUCGAGGCCCUGUACACUGAGUACCGACAGAUUAUUGACCGGCUGUUCGCUAAGGCCGAGGAGUCGUACAAAGCAGGUAGCAAGGACAACAUCGUGCACGGCCUGAUUUCCGCUCGGGAGGAGGCCACCCGACAGAGGGAAAGCGACGCCGAAUAUCUGACCAAAGAAAACCUGGUUCAGGUUGUCAUGAACUUGUUUGGAGGUGCCACAGACACUUCGGCGUCAACGCUUCAGUGGAUGUUUCUCAGGCUUGCUAAGCACCCCGAGAUUCAGAAGAGAAUUCAAAAGGAAAUUGAAGACUGCAUCGGAACCAGUUCACCUGCGUACGAAGAUCGAGAAAGACUGCCUUUUACAAUGGCUUGCAUGAUGGAGACGUUUCGGUGUCAUCCUUUUGCACCGAUUGGCAUGCCCCACAAGACAAGUACAGAUACAACAGUCGGCACGGCAGCCAUACCUAAAGACACGGGUGUGUUGUUCAACGUCUACGGAGUGAAUCACGACACACGCUUCUGGGACAAACCAGAAAAGUUCCGGCCUGAUCGCUUUCUGGACCCCGUCACUGGAAGACUGCGUCAGGAUGCCGGGCCGCUGCUAAGUUUCGGCCUAGGUGCAAGGGCUUGUCCAGGGGAGAAGCUCGCACACGUUGACAUAUUCUACAUCCUCGUCCGAUUCAUGCAGAGAGUCAGCUGCAGUGCCAUCGACAACGCCUCAAGUGUGGACAUGAGAAGCAUCGGUUCGUCGCUCUUCCUCCUACCGGCUCAGCGUGACAUCGUUCUCUCCAAGAGAAACUGAUGCUUGGAGCGCUGAGUUUCACGGAGCGUUCAUGCCCAAUAGAGUCCAAAGCUGGGGCCUAAGGCCAAUAGCUGCGAUUCAGGCCGUGAAAGCCUUGUUGCAUCGUGUUCAGGUACCUCCGAAAUCAGCCGGGUUGACGUUUUGAUAGGUGAAGCUGCCAUGGUCGAGCUGGCAUUGCCAUCCUCUGUGUGUUCAUUUCAAACGCGUUUUAGCGGCGUCAGAGCCGUUGUUCGAGUCGGCCCAAGGUCAUUCAGUGGGAAGGAAUACGCAAGACGCGACCUUAAAUUGAUAGCGGUACUCGUAAGCAGAUUCUCUGCAACAACCUUAGACGUGACAAGCAAAACAAUGCUGCACACCCUUUAUCAGAUCCAACAUGUGUAAUACGUCUUAUCUCGCUCGCUAGAUCUUUUUCUUUUUUUGCCAAGAGAAGAACUGAUUUGCGAUCGAUCUUCUUUAGGCGGGACAAAACUAAACUUUUCGGCUGCAUUAUUUCUACAAAACACCUGUGGGAAUAGGAACAUACAACAAAAAUUCGAAAGCUGUGUUCAAGUUAUUAUUGUUAAACACAAAUCGUUUCUCUUGACAUGUGGCAUAACUCAUAACUACAACAUAACCUUAGCAUUACUAACUCAAACGUAACAUAACUCAUAACUCAUGCAAAGGACUGAGAGAUAUAUGCCAUUUUUCGGCACAUGGUCUACAUGAACAACUCGGAGAUUUCCGUCGAUUGCGCGAGGUAUAGCGCAUAGACGUUCAGUAACAUUUCUUACAAGAUGGUGCAGACCAGCUGGUUGGGAUCUUAACGUCGCUCUCAACUUUGUUUCAAGAUUGUCGACAAAAGUGAGUUCUUGUUGCAUUACGUGCAGCAGUCGCACAUCAAAACUUUUGGACCAACAUCUGUGACAUUAUGCUUUCGUUUUCUUCGUUAAGAAUGUCACGCAGUCAUUGAAGUUUCUUCUGUUUCCAUCUGCAUGCGCUUCUCAAGGCAAAUCAAGCCUAACUUUCCUUUUUUUUUACAUUUGUGUGUUUACGUACUGUAUACGUGUAGUGAAGUGGUGCUGCUUGAGUAGCACUGCAGUGUUUAACACAAGAGCCAUGCUCAGGCUUCAGAACUUGCUUCGUACUCCAAUUCAUGUAUGCCGACCAGAAAAAUUAAUAAAGAGUUGGUUUACUGAAAAAGUCACGCGAAAUGUAUCUUUCAUUGGAUGCCUGUCUCAAAGGAACGCCAAACUUUCUUAAUCUAAGCGAUGCUUUCCAGUUACGCGGCAGGAAGAAGUAAAACGUCACUCACGAACACAUUCUCAGAGUAUAAAACCUGGCCACAACGCCAUAACGUAAAAAAACUGCGAAGGUAAUUUGAAGAAGCUGCCUUGAAUUAUCGCCACUUAAACCAAAGUGUUGUAGUGAAUGGCUACGAAUAUGUUUGAAUUUUCAAGCAUAAAAUGUACAAAGGCGCUGCUAGCUAUAGGUGCCAUCCUAGUUCUCUGGAGUAUCGUCGGCUACACAGGCCCUUGCCAAUAUAGCAGAGAAUCACGUU